AUGGCCGAUCACCACAACAAUCAACGCUAUCCUCGCGACGAGUCGGCGCCGCAAUCGAUACCGCUCCAAGACCUCAGCCGCCCCCCUGACGCCGACCACGCCGAUUCGCCGCAUCGCCGGACCCUCAGCGACCGGGGGAGGAGCUUGUUACGCAGCCGGGACUCGCGAAACGCCAGGUAUGCGCCGCUCAGUGAAUCCAGUCCCCCGCCGGACGCGAUUCGGCCGUCGCCGCUCCACCUGUCAACACAAGGGCUAAACAACAGUGGCCAUGGUCCCGCGUCUUCGCCGAUCAGCCCUGUAGGAGAUGUGGGGGCGUUUCAGAACGCCAUUGGUUUUGCAGGUCUAUCGUUCGAGGGCGACUCUUCGCGCCGGGAUCAACCUUCAAUCGUGGCGCCUGGAAACCCUCGGAGUCCGCCCGUUUGGCUACAUCCCAGCGAUGGCACAUUAUACGAUACCCGGAUACCGGAAGAAGACAACCAAGGCUACUUUAGAGAUGCAGACCCGGACGGUAACACUCGCCACCUUGCACCUACUUCGCCCGGCGCGGAGCCCAGGACUCCUGUGGAGCAGACCGGCCGCUCUAGCUUUCAGAGCGUACAGUUUUUGACCCCGGAACGUGCUUCGGCUUCGCCAGGAAAUGCACGCCUUGGUGAUGACCUUGGUCAAGCUGAAGCCGGCCUUCGUUUGUCCACUUCGACUCUUGGACGUUCAGGUUCAGGCGGACGCACGAGAUCGCUUUCUCCGUCAGCACUAGAAUCCCCUCUCCGACGGGCUGGAACCAUGAUGAGGAAUAUUUCUCAGCGUGUCGUUAAUAUUAGUAACGAACCUGAGCUUAUUGAACGUGCCAUUCGUCGGAAGUCUUCACAGAAAAAGCAAGGAGAGCAGCAAGCGGCGGAAGAUGAGUGGCCAUCUGCAGACGCGUAUGGUAAUGAUGGAGUGCCUCCGUCUCCGCGCUCCCCGCGCUCCCCUCUUUCGCCUGGGUCACCGCUGGAGAAGCUUCCUUCACCUACACAUCGGCCUAAUUUCAAUUGGAGAUACCAGGCAAACCCUCUGAAAGGCAAAUCUCUAGGGGUUUUUCCGCCGAACAGUGCCAUCAGGACAAAGCUCUGCGACGUUCUGACGCACCCUGCCACGGAACCCAUUCUUCUUCUUUGUAUCGUUAUGCAGACCGUUCUGCUCACUAUAGACUCGGCUCGCAGCGUGUUUACACAUCCCCGGUCCAGUCACUGGGGUACUACCUGGAUAGACUAUUUCCUCUUGGCCCUUUUCGUAAUCUACACCAUCGAGAUCAUAAUACGAGUAAUAGUGUCCGGUUUUAUCGUCAACCCGGUUGAGUACAGUACGAUCAAUCGCCAGAUCGGCGUGCGGCAAGCCAUGAUAGAAAAGGGCAAGAAACUGUUCGCCGGACCUCAGCGUCAACCCUCGGUUAAGAAAUCGGAACCGACACUACCGCCGGAACAGCCCGUACUCUUUCGUUCUUUUACCACCUACCAACUGGACGUGGAUGAUCCAGCCAAUCUCCGGCAGCAGCAGAGAGUACGACUCGCUCAUCGAGCUUUUUUGCGCCACUCUUUCAAUCGACUCGACUUCGUUGCCGUCGUAUCGUUCUGGAUCAGUUUCAUCAUUGGGGUGUUUGGUGUCGAGGAACACAACCACGCCUACGUCUUCCGCAUGCUCAGUUGCUUGCGCAUUCUCCGUCUCCUUGGUCUUACUAGCGGCACAACGGUCAUUCUGCGAAGUCUGAAAAGAGCAGCACCAUUGCUUGUUAAUGUCGGCUUCCUCAUCAGUUUCUUCUGGUUGCUGUUUGCCAUUAUCGGAGUCCAGAGUUUCAAGUCCAGCCUCAGGCGAACGUGCGUGUGGAUAGAUCCAGCGGGCAAACAGGACGACUACACCACCGAGCAAUACUGUGGAGGAUACCUUCUUGCGAAUGGAACAGCAAUGCCAUGGAUCACCGCCAACGGACUGGAAGGAUCCAGUUACAACAAAGGCUAUCUCUGCCCGUGGCCCGCGCAAUGCAUCGAAGGCGAAAAUCAACAAAACGGCACCAUCAGUUACGAUAACAUAUUCCAGUCAUUAGAGCUGGUUUUUGUCAUCAUGACCUCCAAUACUUUUUCCGACAUCAUGUACAAUUUGUCGGACAGCGACUACUUGGCCGCUUGUCUCUACUUUGCUUUUGGUAUUGUCAUUAUGGCGCUGUGGCUGAUCAACUUGCUCAUUGCCGUAAUCACGUCGUCAUUCCAGGUCAUCAGAGACGAGAGCAAGACCAGUGCCUUCACGGCUCAAGAAGUCGCACAAGGUCCAGAGGAAAAGCAAGAGCAGGUGGAGCCCCAAAGGCGCAAGCCCCCUUUGCUUGUGGUGUAUCUCAAAACCAGGGCCUUCUGGGUUCUGCUCAUUGUUUUUGAUCUAAUCGUCCAAGCUUUGCGGAGCCACGACAUGAGCGAUCAUCGGGAGCACUUCAUCGACAGAACCGAACUUGUCGUGACAGCGUUCCUCCUUCUCGAGAUCAUCUUCCGCUUUGUCGCAGACUGGAGAAACUUUCAUCGCCGUCGGAGGAACCUUCUAGAUCUGUUUCUUGCCAUCAUCACCACCAUCAUGCAGUUUCCUCCCAUCAGGAGCAAAGAACGUGUCUACGCUUGGAUGACUGUCUUCCAGAUCAUGCGUUUCUACCGCGUGGUCUUGGCCGUCUCACUGACACGCGAACUCAUCAUGACCGUCUUGGGCAACGUCUACGGUCUUCUCAACCUGAUCCUGUUCGUGUUCCUCUUGACAUUCUUGGCCGCUCUUUUCGCCGCUCAGAUCUUUCGCGGCGAGCUCCCUGAAGAGGACGACGGGGAAGCAAUACGAGUCACGUUUUCCACCCUCUUCAACUCUUUUCUCGGCAUGUAUCAACUGCUCUCCAGCGAGAACUGGACGGACGUCCUCUUCACCGUUCAAAAGUACCAAGUUACCUAUAAUAUCGCCUGGAUCGGAGCCUCUUUUCUGAUUAUCUGGUAUAUCUUGUCGAACUUCAUCGUCCUGAACAUGUUCAUUGCUGUCAUCCAAGAGAACUUUGAUGUAUCAGAAGAUGAGAAGCGGCUUCAGCAGGUCAAGGCAUUCCUGCAUCAGAAAGAGCUUGGGGGGUCCACGGCUGGCAAUCUUGCGCUGUCAACUAUUUUCAAAGUGACCGCCGGAAGAAAAAGGGAUCCGCUUGACUACGGCACUGCUGCUACUGAGAUGUUGCUCAAGGAUGCUGUAGUUCGAGACUUCCUUGAUGAGCCCGAGCAACCCCUGCUCGCCGGAACAGAUUCUCACGGCCACAAUGGAGAAGCACGGCAUAACACCACAGGAAAGAUAGCGAAGGUCGGCGUAAUGACAAGACUAUGGAAUCACUUCGUCCGCAGAGUAUGGCAUCGGGAGCCAAAUCCUUUCUACUCUCGACUUGAAUUCUCCAAGGCGUACGAAGAUCUGGACCCCCGGACGAUGGCACAUGAAGUCGUGUCGGCCACCGAGCGCAGGAAGAAAGCGCAACGAGAAUAUUUGCAGAAGUAUCCCUCUUACAACGUCUCGCUCUUCAUGUUCAAGCCCCAUAGCUUCAUCAGAAGGAUGUGCCAGCGCAUUGUUGGACCAGGACGUGGCGACGACCGUAUCGAGGGUGUGGCGCCUUCAAUUCCCGUCUGGUACGCUUUCUCAGCGUUCAUCUAUGCAGCCAUCGUUGCCAUGGUGCUUCUUGCUUGCAUCACCACUCCGGUCUACCAAAAGGAGUAUUUCGAGUCACACGGAUACAGCGUCUACAACUGGUUCGUGUACACGGACUUAGGCUUUGCUAUCCUCUUCACAGUUGAGGCCCUCAUCAAGGUCAUCGCCGACGGGUUUUUCUGGACACCAAAUGCAUAUUUCCGAAGCUCCUGGGGAUUCAUCGACGGCGUCGUGUUGAUCACGCUGUGGAUCAACAUUGCAACCCUCUUGCUGAACGAAGGAGACGUGUCACGAGCCGUCGGCGCGUUCAAAGCUCUAAGAGCUUUGAGGUUGUUAAACGUCAGCGAUAGUGCUCGGAACACUUUCCACCACGUCAUUGUUCGGGGCGGUUGGAAGGUCAUGUCGGCUGCCUUCGUCUCGUUGAGCUUUCUCAUUCCGUUUGCCAUCUACGGUCUCAACCUCUUCAACGGCCGUUUGUACACAUGCAACGACGGAGACUCCAAUAUUGUAGAUCUUAACGACUGCGUUGGGGAGUACCUCGGCACGCCGUUUAACUGGGAGGUCCUAUCCCCUCGUCAGGCUUCGAAUCCCUAUUACGACUUCGAUAAUUUCGGGAACUCCCUCUUCAUUCUUUUCCAGAUUGUCUCCCAAGAAGGUUGGAUUGACGUCAUGUACUCUGCCUCUGCCAUUACUGGGGUCUUCCGACAGCCCGAAGAUUUUGCUUCAGAGGGGAACGCGGUAUACUUUGUGGUAUUCAACUUGCUCGGUGCCGUCUUCGUGUUGACGCUGUUCGUGUCCGUCUUCAUGCGCAAUUAUACCGAACAAACGGGUGUUGCAUACCUGACGACAGACCAACGUUCAUGGCUCGAACUGCGCAAGCUGCUUAGGCAAAUCUCCCCUUCGAAGAGACCGUCCUCUACGAAGAAGCGAGAGACAUGGGAGGAAUGGUGCUAUCGCCGCGCAGUAAAGAAGACUGGCCGGUGGCAGAGGUUCAUAACCUUCAUCCUCAUUCUUCACCUGCUUCUGCUUUGUCUGGAAUACUACCCCGAACCAUGGCAAUGGGGACGUACUCGAGACUAUGUCUUCCUGCUCCUCACCCUAAUCUACACGGCGAACAUCACGGUUCGGAUCAUUGGACUGGGCUGGACACGCUUUCGUAGGAGUUCUUGGGAUGUCUACUCCCUAUUCGUCGUGUUUGGCACGUUCGACACGACGGUUCUCCUCCUCACCAACUUUGAUGACCGUGGUUACGUUCAGCUGCACAAGCUCUUCCUCGUCUCGAUCACUCUGCUUCUCAUUCCCCGGAACAAUCAACUCGAUCAGCUUUUCAAAACCGCUGCCGCAUCUGUGGGAUCCAUUGCCAACCUCCUCGCCACAUGGUUUGUCCUAUUCCUUGUUUUUGCCAUUGCUUUCACGCAGGCGUUCGGCCUGACCAGGUUUGGACCGGAAGAAGGUGGCAAUAUCAACUUCAGAACCGUGCCCAAGGCGCUCAUACUCUUGUUCCGGAUGUCCAGUGGUGAAGGCUGGAACGAGGUUAUGGAAGACUUUGCAGCCAUUCAGCCACCUUUCUGUACGGUGGGCGACGAGUUCUACGAUGGCGAUUGCGGCAGUGCUGAAUGGGCCCGCACUCUCUUCAUCCUCUGGAACGUGCUCAGCAUGUACAUCUUCGUCAACCUGUUCGUCUCGCUCAUCUACGAGUCUUUCUCGUACGUGUACCAGCGCAGUAGCGGAUUGUCCGUCAUCAGCCGCGAGGAGAUCCGUCGAUACAAGCAAGCUUGGGCAGAGUUCGAUCCCCAUGGCAGUGGAUUCAUCCCCAAGGAGAAGUUUCCGCGGUUGCUUGGCGAACUCUCUGGUGUCUUCGAGAUGCGAAUCUACGACGGCGACUUCACGGUUAGCCGAAUGAUCGAAGAUUGCAGCAAACCACUUCCCGACCAUGGCCUCCCACUUGAAGGUAGAAAACAGACACCCGAAAUCGACCUCAACAAGCUCAACAGGCGCCUAUCUGAGCUGCCAUGCGAGGAGAUUCGUAGGCGGAGAGCACGGAUGAACAGGUUCUUCGAGGAGAUGAUCAAUGGCGCAGAUCCUGACAGAGGCAUCCAUUUCACCUCGCUUCUCAUUACUCUUGCUCACUACAAGGUCAUCAACGACAACAAGAGCUUGAGACUCGAGGAGUUCCUUCGGCGCAAGGCUCGACUGCAACGCGUGGAAGAGUCGGUGCAGCGCAAGAUCGUCAUCGGCUUCUUCGACACGCUCUUCUGGGCGCGUCGCUUCCGCCGCGCAUUGGAAGCCAAACGAGCAGGCCGCAUGACCACAGUGCCACAGUUCGAGUUCACCAUGGCCGACGACGCCAGCCCAGCCGGCGGCCCGCGACCCGAGUCAAGCCUACCGUCGCCUUCCCUAUCACCAUACCAAGCACCGCCAUCGUCGGCGGGCGACGGCGGCUUCUUCGACGCCAGGCCCCAACCCCCGCCGCCGCUCGACACGGAAGGCGCCUCCCGCAGCCGGGCCAACAGCAUCCAAAAGACGCCCAUCCAGAGCCGGGCCAACAGCAUCCAGGCCAGCCCCAUCAUGAGCCCGACCCGCGGCCCGGCCGGCGCCCUCCACAGCAUCCCGCUGUCGCCGACCCUCAGCCCCACGCACUCGCCGCACGCCAGCAGCCACCCGGCCCCCCUCGACCCGGCCGAGCUCAACUGGCAGCUCGCCAGCGCGCUCAACCUCAGCCGGCCCGCCAGCCCCGUCGUCGGCGGCGGCGGCGGCCGGCUCGGCCACGACAGCAUGAGCACCGCGACGGCUCACAGCAGCGUCGUCGGCGCCGCCGCCGCGGGACCCAGCGGCGUCAGCCGCUCGUCGACGCUGCCCGGCGGCGUCGGGUCGGGCUACAGGCAGAGCGGGACGUCGGCCGCGUCGGGCGAACAGGCGAGCGGCGGACCCGGCGGCGGGCAUCGCAGCAGGCAGAAUAGCGACGUCAGCGCCCAGGAUGUGCUCGAGGUGCUGGAUAACAGCAUUUGGGGCGAGAGCAUCCGGAAGAGCUUCACGGUGAGGAGGCCGGGAGGGAGAUGA